UCCUCUGAAAUUGGUCAAAAACCCAAACACAACAAACUUGAAUAAAAAAAAAAAGGAGCUAUGCUUGAAUCCAAAUUCAAACCUAAACCGUUACACUUGCACUUCAUGCUCAUGCUCAUUCUCAUUCUCCAUCAGCAUGGCAAUGGCACAGAGGCACAGUCCCCGCUCCAGCCGGUGAAACCGCUUUCCUCCAACCACAACCCCCGGGACCCUUCAACCGUCCUCUUCAUCGCCACCAUCCUCGGAACCUUCAUAUUCGUCGCCGCGUUCGUAGCCUUCCUCCGCCGCUGCACAGAGCCGUACUUUACUCAACAACAGAGCAAUAUCACACACUUGCGCUGUUCCUGCUGCAACGGCGGCAUCAGCCCCGACAUCCUCGAAACCUUCCCCAUCGUGUUCUAUUCCAGCAUCAAGGACCUCAGAAUCCGCAAAGAAGCUCCGCUAGAGUGUGCCGUCUGCCUCACCGAGUUCGCCGGCAACGACACUCUUCGGCUGCUUCCACACUGCAACCACGUGUUCCACCCUCCCUGCAUCGACGCCUGGCUCUCUUCCCACGUCACCUGCCCCGUUUGCCGCGCCAAUCUCAACCAACAUCCCUCCCAAGUCGCCAUUUCGGUGAUAACACAAUUGAGCGGCGACGGAGAAGAAGAACACGAAGAAGACGGUUCUGGAAACAGAGCAGAACAGAGCGUGGGUGGCGAGAGCAUAAUUGAGGGGAGCCCGUUGGCGCGUGACGCGAGUGAGGGACAGCGGAACAACGAAGAAGAUAAAGGGAUGCCGGAAAGAGCGGCAAAAGGGAAGCUUGGUGGGAAGGGGAGGGUUCUGAAGAGGUCGAAUACGACGGGGCACUCGGUGGUGGAGGCAGGAGAGUGUAUGGAGAGGUAUACGCUGAGGUUGCCGGAGGAUGUGAGGAGGUACAUUAUGGUGAACCAUGGGGUGAUGAUGACGCAGCGUUCGGCGAGCUACAACGCAGCGGAGAGUUCGAAGAAAGGAUUGUGUUGGAGUGACACGGAAGGAGGUAGCAGCAGAGGUAAGAAGUGUCAGAGCUCUGUUAGAGGGAAGGGAAGAGUAUGGAAGAAUAAUGGAGGUCAGUGAGUAGUGAGAGUAUCAAUUUCUGCUCAUGCUGCUCUCUCUGUGAACACCCCAUGUCACGUCAAAGAGAUCUGUUACAGAGGUGUUAGGAAACGGCCAUGGACGCCGUCCAGAUCCAUGACCCCGACAAGACGCACGUCUGGCUCGGAACUUUCGAAACUGCAGAGGGGGCAGUGCGUGCGUACGACACAGCGGCAAGAGACAUUCACGGCGCCAAGGCGAAGAUCAAUGUUCCGAUGGCGGAGGAGCUUCUGAACAACAGCAACAAUUUCGUUCACAUUAACAACAACACAUGUAGCCCGAGCUAGAGUAGCACGCUUGAUUCAUCUUCGCGGCUGCCGCCACCGCCACCAUCA